AUUCUCUAUUAUAUUCAGAAUAUUCUAUAUGCUAUUGCAUUUAAUUAAAUCUUCUCAGUAAGUUUAUCGGAAGAAAUUAAAUUCGUGAACAUUUCGCAUAAUGAGUGAUUUCACGUAUCUGAAAAUACACGAUGUCUCGCUGUCCGCGGCCUGGCGUCGUGCAUAUCGCCAUCCUUGCUCCAGGAUGCUGCAUCCUAUGGCUGACUGCCUCGUCGUAGCGUUCCAGAUACUCGGCACGUGUCACGUACACUCGCGUGGAUACGACUCGAUCAAAGAAACGCAUGUCAAUUAAUGCGCUGCUUAGCGAGAAUUCGAUUGAAUAUUUCAGGCGUGUAUGGCUGCGUUCAUUUUGGCGCUUAUAGCGCGUGUAAGCAUCAUUUGUCCUUGUUUGAUAUUUGAUAGAAACAAGAAUGAAAUGAUGCUCAGAGCGAUGUUACAAGCGCCAAACGAACGCAGCCUAUGUGUCGACUAGAGAUGAUUAUUGAUAUUCGAUAUUAUCGAUUAAUCGAUAUUUUUCUGGUAUUCAAUAUGAAAAUAUCGAAUAAAAUCUUCUGGAUAGAAAGUCGAAUAGAUAGUUUUUAAUUACUCAUAAGAAACGAAUAUUUUUCACGUUAAUACCAUUUUGUUUUAAUGACUCAAUUAUAGAAUUUACUUAAGGAUUCAAUGAUUUUCUAUGCAGUCCAAGGCUGAUAUUACAUGUGUCGUACGGCAAGCUUUUUGGAUACGUUGAUUGGUUGACGAACAGAGAACCUAGAAAUACUUUAUUCGCCAACCAAUAAACGUAUCCGAAAAGCUUGUCGUACGACACAUGUAAUAUUAGCCUAAUACGUCGUCUACAAUGACAGUAGGAGUAGUAGUAAGAAAUAAGCAAAUUGACCAAUUCCAUUUUCACGAUUCAAGAAUAAUCGACUGUGAUUGAUCCAUUUACUUACUGCUUAUUUCUUACAGCCAUACUCUUAUGGCUAUUAUAGAAUGAGCUUUAGAGCUCCGCGUAGCACAUCGAAAGUAUAAUAAUGCAAAGCACUAUUUUCUCGAUAGUUUGUCAGAACUAUUUCGGACUUCAUUACGUUUUUUAGUACACAACAGUUUAAAACAGUAGUAGUAUUGAAGUUUUUUAUGGUUUUUCACAAAAUAUUCGAUAUUUAUUCGAUAUUUACACUAUUCAUAUUCGAUUAAAUACUUUUAAAAUUAUCGAAAAUAUUAAUAUUCGAUUUUUUCGUGCGAUAUGGACGUCUCUAGUGUCGACGACACGUGUGUCGCGUAGCGUGACGUGAACUGUACUGGCGCUCGGUCGGGGCGAGGGGGUGCGCGACGCGCCGGAAUCUGCAGACAAUCGGCAAGAGACGCAAGGUGUCCCGCCCCUUGUCAUCAAUCGUCAGCCGCCGGCGGCCCGCCCACCGGGCGCCGCGCGAUAACAAUCGCAACAUUCCAGACGAGUCUGGACCUUUGAGACGGUCGGCGUACGCGCGUCGCGACACUUUUCCACGUGCUUCCAUUGCGUUCCGCGGCAGACGCGGCAUACCGCGGCGCGUUACUUCUCACACAUUUGGCCCGAGUGAUUAAAAUAUUCCGCCGACUCUGCUACAUACGCGAUUAGUCUCGCGUCGUGCCGCGUUAUUUAAUAUACCGUGUAUCUACGAUCGGAUCGUGCGAGUGACAGUGUCAGUGUCGGUGCCAUGACGGAGCAGCCGGGAUGUCGGGAAGGCAGGACGUAGGAAGUCGGCGCGUGGGCAGCGAUACUUCGUGCAUAUUUCCAGAUGUGGCGGCGUCAGUGGAAGUUCACUUUGAGAACAAAGAUGGCGGCUUUUUCCUGAAACACGCGCCACGCCAGUUUUACCCAGCUCGCACGGACUCGGUGCCGGCGAUCUCGACAUCGUCGAAUAACAACAACAACAACAACAACAACAAUGGUCCGGGUACGGCGCCGUCGCCGCCGCCCGGCUCAGUCCUCUCGAUCGACAAGUUCACCGUCUUCCAGACGAGCGAGCCGGUGUCGGUGAGGGCCACGUACGGGCCCUUCAGCACGAAGCAGACCGUGCCGGCGCGCUACAUAGUUCCUGACCCGUUGGACGCGCUUCCCGGCCCGGAGACGCGGCGCAACCUCACCGCUGCGACGAUCCUCGACGCGCAGGAGCUCGGUGCUCGUCACCUCGACAUGUCGGCCCACUUGGUGGGUAACAGCGUGCCACGCGACUCUCCGGUGCUCAGGGUGCUCUUCCACGCCGGCAGCGAGGCCGGUGGCAGGCGUCAGCUGAUGUCAGCGCGCCACCAACGAGUCUGCGUGGUGCUGCACGCCAGCUUGGCGAACCCGAUGAGGAACAACAACCCCGCGAGUAGGAGCAACGGCCGCGGUGGUUACUCCUCCUCCUCCUCGUCAUCGUCCUCCUCCUCCUCCUCAUCUUCCACGUUGACUGCAGCGUGCAGCCCCGACGGCGAGAACGGCGUGUGCCUCGCGCAGAUUACUAUACCGGCCAGUUGGUGGACUCCGCUGCCACCACCCGACGCCUCCGGCCGUGUCAAGGUCGCCAAGAGUAUGCCGCGAUUGAUCCAGGUCGCUUACUCCGUGCUGGAACCGCGUACGGAGGAGGGGACGGGACUCGGCGGCGGUGGCGGCUCAGGUGCCGACGGCGGUUCGGGCUUCUGCCGACCCAGGGUGCAGAUUCAGCCGGUCACUCCCUUAGGUCAAGUGCCACUGGCCCCAAACAAAGCGGAUUACAAGGAGCUGAGGGCGGACGACCUGCUGACAUUGUUGGUGCCGCACGGUCCGCUCUAUCCGAGAUCCAGACUGUAUGUUCCGGCCUUCCUGCACUCCAAGGUGACGGAUCUACGGCCGCCGUUGAUCGUCGCGGUUUACAUCAGGGUGAAGGUGAGGCCGGGCGUGAAGAUCCUGGAGGCCUCGUCCAGCAGUCCAGACUGGAUCGUCGAUAACGAAGUCAACGCGAAGAACACGGCGGCGACGUUCACGGUGCGGCGCAAGGAGAAUGCGUCGCGUGUGCCGAGCACGUCCGCGGAGGAGAUAAUGACAAUGCUGCUGGAGGCCAGCGAGGAGGGUAUAGGCGAGAGCUACGACAGGGAUAGCGGCAGGAUCGUGUGGACUGUGCGUUACACCCUGGAGGGUGAGGAGGAGAACGGCUCACAGUUGACGGACAUCGAUCAGUCGCAGCGAAUGCAGCAGCGGCAAUUGCAACACCAUCAUCAUCAUCGCGUCGAUAAGAAGAAGGUGCAGGUGCGGCUGGAGAUACAGAAGGACGACAUACAGGCGGUGUUGCCGAUCUCGAAGAACUGGGAGGUGAUGAAUACCGCGGUGCUGACGGGACGUCAGGUAUCGCAAGGGAUGAAGGUUUUCAUCGUGAGCCAAGCCGGCACGGUGGCCGAUGUCACGUUGCAGUCGUCCUGUCACUCCGAGGAUGAGAGUGUUCUCAAGGUAUCGUCCUCGUGCAGCAGCGUGUACGUAGACGGCUCGGAGAUUCGUGGCUCGAGCAACGCGUCGGUGCUCGUCAAAUACGGCACGUACACCGGCUUGGCGAAGUUCACCGUGUGGAUGCCCGAGUUUCCGCUGGAAGUGACAGUCGUCGACACGCGACUCAGUCAAAUCAAGGGUUGGAAGGUGCCGGAGGAGCACGCGGUGAGCACCAAGAGCAAGCGCAGCCUGAACGCGACGGGUCCCGACUCGGAGAUCCCCACGCAGAGUUUCACGUCGACGUCGCCGCCGGCGACCGCGCGGGCCAAAAAGAGGAGCGCCGUGGAGCUCGAGGACUCCAUUGAGGACGACACGUCCAUGGACGUGGAUGACCCGGACACGGCGCUCGACGAGGACGAACAGGAGGAACGUUACCGUGGAAGCGAUCACGGAUGGGACAACUCGAUUGAGCGGAACCUACCGGCCACCUGCAGACUGCGCUUCCAGCAGAGCCCGGUCGAGGUGCACGCCCGGUUCCUCGCGACGGAUCACGACUCCGGCAGGAUCUCGUACUUCGUCAAUCGUCGCACCUGGCUGCGCGUCACCGACCUGGUGGCGGGCAUGUUGCGCGUCUCCGAUCCUCGGAUAGCGACGCUUCUCCAGGGCAGGAUAGUCCAAGGGCGCGGCGUGGGUCGCACAGAGGUGCAGGUGUUGUCGCCGAUCACCGGCAGAGUCAUCGGCGCGAAGGAGGUCAGAGUCGGCAACGACCGCGUGUCAGUCACGCGUCUCUCCGUCACGGUGGUCUCCGGACUUCAGCUCAGCAUCAGUCCCGACACCGCGAUCGAGAACGGAUACGUGGCCGAGACCUCCGUCACCAGGAGAUUGACCGCUCAGUAUCAGGAAGGUUUAUUGGACAUCGACGUCGAGUUCGCGGACGGGUUCAGGACGCCCCUGAGGGAAAUCGCCGUGAGCGAUUACCAUUUGCUGGUCGAGAGUAUGGACAAGGAAGUUGUGGUGUUCGCGCCGAUGGUAGCGUCGCAUCAUCCCCGGGUCAUCGCGAUCGGCGAAGGCCGCGGCGAUUUGCUGCGCGUCAGUCUACAAUUGGCCGACUCCUGCCGGCUCUCCGGCAGACGUUCCAGCAAAACCUCCCAGAGGACCGCGGCCGCCGCGCUGGCGAGCGCAUCCGCCAACGUCGAGGUGGAUUUCACCUCCAGCGAGGUCCCCAAUCGGCCGGAAUUCGUGCAGAACGACGGCGGCGGCACGGUCGGCUCACAAAAUCACAGGGAACGGAAAACCAGCCGCGGCGAAAUGGCGCCCGAUCUGCAUGACAUUAUCAUCGGGUUACCGCUGAAAGACGAGAACGGGCACGAGCACGAGCCUUUGGUGCAGGCACGGCAGCAUCGCACAGCUAUAGCUAAUGGCAUGUCUUCAGGGGGUAUGAGCGGCGUCGGCGUGCGUCACCACGGCGGGGCGCGCAUGAGUCCGCUCGAGAUUGGGAUGUACGUGCUCCUAGCGGCGUUCUGCUUCGCGAUCGUUGUCUUUGUCGUCUCCUGCGUGGUGUACGCCAGCAAGUUCAAGCCCCAGCCGCCGGACUCCCCGCUAGCCGGCGCAGCCGUCCCGGUGCUCUCCAGCGCGGCCAGGGCGCGCGCCGCGGCGAACCAACUGGCGUCUGGCAGGCGACCGCCGCGAGAAUCGACGACCAACGCACACGACUGGGUAUGGCUGGGCAGAGCGACCCUCGAACGAGCGGCCUGCGGUCCGCAACAGGUGCGCGUAACGAGUAAUCCGCUGGCGGCCGAAGGUGAGCCUGAGGCCGAGCUGGGCACAUGCUUCGACAAUCCGAAUCACAUUGAGCUGCCAUCCGCGAUUCAACGGCCCAGCGGCGCCAGCGGCGCUAUCGACACCACGACUUAUUGCAAGAGGGACAGGAUCGCGCGGAACAGCUUCGCCACGAAAUCCGCGAUCAAGCCAUCCACGGUGAUAACGCCAGUGACCACUGCGACGGCGGCGACCACCACGACGUCGAUGGCAGCCGCGACAAUGACCACCGCGCGGAAUGACAACGACGACAUUCCUCCGCCAUUACCACCUCACGGGGUACCAACUGCGAUCUCGAUGUCGACAGCAACAGCCGCUACGACGUUGGCAAUCGGUGCGAACGGAAACAACGGCAAUGAAGACUACAAGCCACCAGUACCGCCGCAUAGGAACACAGGAGUGAGCGUACGACUUCCGGAACCGCCGCGCAAACAUCGUCACAGGGCGUCCAGCAGCGGCAGCAGCCAUCAUGGAAAUCAUCGGCACAGCAAGCAGCAACAGCAGCAACAACAGCAACAACAACAGCACCAACAACAGCACCAUCAUCAGUCGUCGCACCAUAUCAAGCCGCAUGGAAAGACGACCAGGGUGGACAACAACUCGAAGCAGCAACAGAAGGGAGACGAUGAGGAACUCGUGGAGCUGGUGAACGGCCACGACGACAGACACUCGAAAGAUGCGAGAUCCCGGGAGAUCAAGAGGGCGACCAUAGUCGGCAAUCCGAUGUUCUCGUCGUUCUCCACAUCCGCCGUCGUCUCCAGCGUCAACUCCUCCUGCACUCCCACCGCGGCCUCGUCAUCCACGUCCCCGCCGUCCUCGUCGCCGUCCUCUUCGUCCUCCUCGUCCUCCGCCUCAUCCUCCUCGUCCUCCUCCUCGUCCUCUUCUCAAGAGCAGGAGGAGUCGGUGGCGCUCGACGACCUCAAUCUGGGUAUGGACUACAACCAGAUCAUGCAGUACUUCGACAACCUGAAAGAGUCGAAUGCCUAGGUGAGGCCGUUCGACCUCUUCGAAGGUCGAGUAGUCAACGUCGAUAUGGAACACCGGGAUCCUCGCUAGCGCGCGCGAGGAUCGAACUGUCCACCUCCGCUUGCACUCUCGUCGCUCUCCGAGAGCUCGCCGGUGACAACUGCGGCUCGCGCGAACGACUCCGCUACGUCGAGGACGACCCCGGUUGUUUCGUAUUUUAGACUAUAGUCUAGUCAGCUUUCUAGCAGCACGUCAAGAGCAACGCGCGCGAAUACGAACACACGUACACACACACACGUUCAUAUACACGAAAAAAGGAUAACGCUCCUUCACACAAUUUAUACAGUCUCUCGAUGAUUCGUCACAAACGCUAACAGUUUCCCCGAACGACGACGCGAGUUCCUGAAAUUUUACCUAUGUUUUCUUUUUAUAGCUUUUACGAAUUAUCGACUAUCAACGGCGAAUUCUUUUGCUAAUCGAUACUUUUACGCGAUCUCUAAUUGUAAGUUAUUUUCUCUUCUUUAACGAAGUCUUUAGAUCUUGUCGUUUAGACUGAUAACGUUCGAUAGCAGAGAAGCAAUUUGGAGAAAAUAAUAUUCUUAUUUCAAUGUCGACAAUGUCUUCACCUCGGACAAGACACAUGCGCAAAGUCGAAAUUAUUGGCGCGACAAAUCGGUCGGAGCACUGUCCGUGUACACACAUACACACCCACACACACGCAAGAGGCUUUAAAAAAACUGACUGUCGGUGGCCAGUGGGGUAGGUAAAUCGCUCGCUCGACGACGACGAGCGUCACACGACGAUUCGACGUUUCGUCCCUCGCUGCGAGCUUCCCUUCGUUUCGUGGGAUCGCCGAUCCUCGCUCUUGCCCCCGCGCCAUCUUGAUCUCUCGCUCAAGCCCUUCCUCCGCUGUACUACGGUUCCUCCUCCCGUUGUCGGGCCGCGAGAGGUGAGCAUAAUAAGGCAGCUACGAGAUGCAGCGCAUUUUGAUGGCGCGCCCGCGCACGACCUCGACAAUACGUGCGACGAAUCGCGAAAAUUUCUCCAAUUUCUACCAUCUUCGCGCAUCUCCCUCCUGUGCAUCGUGCGUUGUGUGCUAUAGAUGAACCACAUACCCGACGACGACGACGACAACGACUACGGAGUCUUUUGAGUUAGAGAAUUCUGGAAUUCUCUCGUAAAAUCGCACAGAUUCGCGAAGAAUACGCCGAAUCCGAAGUAUCCGAAGUGUAGGAUCUCUCUUCCUAGCUCUUUCCACCAAUCUCUGGUCCUCGUUGGGUAUUCAUUUCACGUACGAUGCCGUCGCGUCUAUCUAGAGAAAAAACUGACGUCGAGGUUGAGAUGCGACGCGCGAUCAGGAUACGACAGAGCCUCCACUUGCGACCCGACCCUCGCCGGAGGACACAUAUUUAUUCAAUCGACCGUACGUCGUAAUGUUUGUAAAUUUUGCUUUGUAAGACUGUGUACAUGUAUAUAUUAUAUAUACAUAUAUAUAUAUAUAUGCGAUAGCGCGCAUGUUAAUUAUGGACUUACAGAUUUAAAGUUACAUUUGUAUGGCUAUAUAGAGAGAGAGAAUCGCAAGUCGUUCGAGGACUCGAACGAGAGGAACGUCGCCGACGACGAGAACGCGUAUACGUUAUAUACUACGACGCCCCGAACGCUGCUCUCUGGUAUCGCUUCUGAAAGAUUACCCCUCGCCCCUCGACUGGAUCCCACGAUCUUCUUAGGUGUAAAAGAAAAAUACUCGCGACGCGUUCUUCAAUUUUUAUCAAUGCCGAAUGUCGCUUCGCGCGCUUUCACGUGAGCGUAUCCGCACGCGCGUGUAUGGUGUAUGAAAGAAAGAAAGAGAGUGAAUGAGUGAGUGAAUAAGAAAAAGAGAGACAUCUGUUAGCGAGAUCUGUAUAUCGUGUAAGGCGCGUCUAGGUACUGGUACCUAGAUAUAACGUACGCGUAAACACAUGUCUAGGUACAGUAUCUCGGUUAAGUAUGUUUCCGCGCUUGAAACACAUUUGUAUCUAGGUACUACGUCAGUUGCUGCGAAGUAUCGUAACGUGUAUAUACAUAUUUGUCAUAUCAAGUGUAUAAUUGUAUAUUUACUGCGACGGUGUCCGAAAUAUUGAAGUCAGUUGGAACGUUCUGACAGCGCGGCACGAAGAUUAUCCCACCUCUUGUUUCGUCACAUAUCCGUUCGUAUUGGAUUUCCUUUACCGACCAUGGUAGCCUUUCUCUCUUCGCGCGGUGUGUUUAACGUUCAGCAGUAUUCCAGGUGUCCGGGAGGGAUGUUCUUAGAAGUUUUAGCAAUCGUUUCGUAUGCACCAUCACGCAGGCGCAUCCUUUAUCCUGUAUCCGCAUUUGUACCUAGAUACAAAGAAAAGCCCUGUACGACACCGUUGAUGAUGCGCCAGUAAGAGCGAAAAUGUAAACUAAGCGAACAUAUCGUAGCUCAGACGUAAUUUUAAUUUAUGGGAUAGUUGAUUAAUAACGAAGAAGCUUAGCAUCCUUGAGAACUCGACUUAAGAAUGCCAAGAUUGAAAUUCAGAGAUCAGCUCGAUCGAUAAUUCGUCUAUUGGAAAAAUACACACCGAAAUAAAAUAAAAAAAUAUAGAAGAUCCUUCUGUCGAGACAGAAAGUAAAAUUUCAGAAAGUUGGUUCCAAAUUCAAAGUAUGAAGCGCAAAGUAAUAUCUUACAUUUUACACGAUUAAUUCUCCACUUUUGAUAUGAAACUAACAUUGUAACAUUUUUUCAAGUUCAUUCAUAUAUAAAUCUUUUACAACAAGGUACACAUAUAUCAAGCAUAAUUACCAGAUUGGAAAUUAUUCAGUACCUUUCGACAAGAGGAAUUCUUCACGGUCGGCGACGUGUGUUUGCUCAGUACAUGUGCUCUUACUCGCGUUCAUGACAAUGAGAAAAAAGAGAGAGGUCGUGCAAAAGAGAGAAAAAAAAGAUCUGUUCUUCCCGGUCGACUAGAAGUAGUUAUGAGCUCAUACAGUCGUCCCGUUGUUUUCCAAACUACAACUGAUCACCGCGAAGCGAUCGAGUGAAACGAAGCAAGACAUAAAGAUGUGAGAAGUGAGCGACCUACUCCAAGGAUUAUGCCAGGAACCUAUACUAUAAUAACGCAUCUAAGGACUACGUGUCUAAGUAUGUAUGUAUAACUCCAUAAGUUGUGUGUGUUAGCACAUCGCGUGGGACAAUAGUGAUUCGAUCGAAUCAGCGGCAACGACGCGACGCCUCGUUGUCGUGAACAAACGAAUGUACGAGUAACAGUUACUCGAAAUCGUCGAGGGAGAAUUGGAACAACGUACGUGCGAGUACCCCGCCGAGAGAAUCUAGUCUUAUAGCGUAAUUACUAAUAUUCAUAUAUAUAUAUAAAUAUAUAUAUAAAUAUAUAUAAAAAUAUACAUAUAUAUAUAUAUAUUUAUAUAUAUUAUUAUUAUUAAUCAACGUACAGUGCGAUCUACGUUGCCUUUCGUCCAAUAAUACGUAUCUCUCGAUUACCCCGCGAUCACUGCGAUGCGUCAAGCUUGAUUUAUGUGUAUAUAUACCGUCAACUCGUUAUCCACGUGCAUACGGCGAGACAAGAAAUCCCAUUCCGCAUUUAACGCUCAACGUAAGACCGUCUAAUGCUCGAUUUCAGACAACAAGCAACAGACAAA